CGCCCCGUCCGCCAGCACCGCCGACUACAACAGGGACUCGCCGGGGUACCCGUCCUCCAAACCCCCCAGCGCUGGAUUCCCCAGCUCCUUCUUCAUGCCAGAUGGUCACCAUAGCGCCGACCCCUGGAGUAGCAGUAGUAGCAGUAUGAGCCAGCAGGGUUACCACGGCAGCAUGCUGGGGGGCGGGAACUCGGCCCACGGCCCCGCCCAGAGCUCCUCCUACUGCGGGAUCCACCCCCACGACAGAUUGAGCUACCCGUCACACUCGUCAGCUGACAUCAGCUCCAGCCUACCGCCCAUGUCCAGCUUCCACAGAGGGGGAGGGGCCGGGGGUGGGGGCGGGGCCAGUCACUACAGCACCGCCUCCUGCACCGCCCCCACCAACGGCACAGACAGCAUCAUGGGUAAGACAUCCAAUCGGGCGCAGGGUGGGGCGGCGGCCAGCAGUUCUCAGACCGGUGACGCUUUGGGAAAAGCCCUGGCCUCGAUUUACUCUCCAGAUCACACCAACAACAGCUUCUCGUCCAAUCCCUCCACUCCGGUCGGAUCCCCGCCCUCACUCACAGCUCCUAGUUCAGCUGUCUGGUCCAGGAACGGUGGUCAGGGAGCGUCAUCACCGAACUACGAGGCUCCGCUGCAUUCACUGCAGAGUCGUAUCGAAGACCGCCUGGAGCGUCUGGACGACGCCAUCCAUGUACUGCGGAGUCACGCCGUGGGGCCGUCGACGGCGAUGAGCAGCGGACACGGCGACAUGCACAACCUCAUCGGAGCGGCGCACACGCACAACGGCGCCAUGGGAGCGCUGGGCGGCGGCUACGGGACGGGACUGCUAUCGGCCAAUAGACACUCACUCAUGGUGGGCUCCCACAGAGAGGACAGCGGCGGUGUGGGCGGGCUUCGCAGUGGACACUCGAUGGCGGGUCAGGUGUCGGUUCCUCAGCUCCCGGUCCAGUCGGCCACAUCACCGGACCUGAACCAGUCCGACCCCUACCGCGCUCUGUCCGGGGGUCUCCAGGGUCAGAGCACCUCCUCCGUCAGCUCCGACAUCAAAUCUGAGGACGAAGGAGACGAGAACCUCCUGCAGGAGUCGAAGCCUCUGGAACCGAAGAGCGAAGACGUGGACGGGAAGGAGCUGAAAGCAUUAGAGAGGUCAAGAUCUAGCAACAAUGACGACGAGGACCUGUCACCAGAGCAGAAGAUGGAGCGUGAGCGCGAGCGGAGGAUGGCCAACAACGCCCGCGAGCGUCUGCGCGUGCGCGACAUCAACGAGGCGUUCAAGGAACUGGGCAGGAUGGUCCAGCUGCACCUGAAGAGCGACAAACCCCAGACCAAGUUACUGAUCCUGCACCAGGCCGUGGCCGUCAUCCUGAGCCUGGAGCAGCAGGUCCGAGAACGGAACCUGAACCCGAAGGCGGCCUGUCUGAAGCGGCGUGAGGAGGAGAAGGUGACGGUGACGUCGGACGGGACUCCGCUGUCGUUGGCCGCCGCCCACCACGCCGCCGCCGCCGCCAUGGGCGACGGCUCCACCCCCAUGGGACAAAUGUAAAACGCAGCAUCAUCAUCUCCUCCCCCUGAAUGGUCGAAGGUGCCGGAGUUCAUCAAGAUGAUGAGCGACCACUUCCUCUGACGACCUUCCCUCCGAAAACCCGACACACGAUCAACCCCCGUCGUCGCUUCAGCCCGACCAAUCAGAUCCUCCGGAACUUCAGCCUGACCAAUCAGAUCAGCCUCUCUCUCUCUCGUCCGUCGUGUCCGAUCCUCCUCUUCGCCUUCGUCUCCUCCUUCUGUCGAGAAACACGAACUGCAGAGUCGCGUCGGCCGCUUCGUUUCCAGCCGAAGCGAAACGGGACGCGGACGUUUCAUCGGCCGAUCGGCGGCGCUUUGUGGAGUUUGACGUGAAGUCUUU